AUGAGUGGCAUUCACAGAUUUUUGACUCGUCGCGACCGACAUCAUAAGCUGAACAAGCAAAGCAAAGAAGAGGUAUCUACUCCAGCCUCGCACAUUCUCUCACGACCGCUAUUUCAAGGGUUUUUCAAAUCGGAGCCGAUAUCAGAAGAGAACAACGAUCAUGACAAGAAGGUUAAAUCUCUCGUCCAACGAAUCAAGCAGCUUGGCAUCACGGCUCUCGAAGAGGAACAUAUCAGCUAUGCAUUGAAAACCACACAAGGAGACACAGAGAAGGCUUUUAGCUUGCUGUUGCUUCUAGAAGACUCUAUCGAAGGGAUUAUCAGGACCUACACGCCCAACACCAAGCUCCUGGGCGCCGAGAAUCGUUCAGGUGUCACAUGCUAUCUAGAUGCGCUGCUAUUUGCCAUGUUUGCCCGCCUUGACUGCUUUGAGGCUAUCCUAUAUAAAUCCUUCACGGAUGAGCCUCGCCGAAAGCUUGCGAUCCUCCUGAGACUGUGGGUCAAUUUGCUACGUUCCGGAAAGCUCAUCACGACAGACAUGACAAGACAUCUACAAGAUGCCUUGGCAGAAUGUGGCUGGGAGGAUGCAGCUAAACUUCGCCAACAAGACGCAUCAGAGGCAUUCACUUUCAUUACCGAGAAACUGGAGCUACCACUACUGACGCUGAAAAUGGAUAUCUACCAUACCGGAAAAGAAGAUGAAAGUGACGACCACAAGUUCAUUAACGAACGACUUCUUGAGGUUGCCAUACCGCCUGAGCCAACCGAUGGAUCGUCUCUCACCCUUGAAGAUUGCUUGGAGGCGUAUUUCAACAACAGGAUUGAAGUGAAACGACACUUGGAACGACGCAACACUGCUGCCUCUAUCAGAUCAAUGGAUUCUAUGUCCAAAGGGUCUACUUCGCACAUCGAGGCAGUGGAGAUCGAAACUACCCCCACGUUGUCCCCUACGGAAACAAAUGCGUCACCAGUCGAAGGUGCCAGUCCAUGGUCGUCGUUCACUGAAUUCUCUGAAUCGCUCAAGGCAUCACGAUCUGCUGGGAGACGCGCAAGUAUCGUUAGAGAGCGGUUUUUCCCGGACUCGGGUUCAAGCGAUGAUACUAACAAUGGGGACCUCGAUGCCGAGAAAGAAACAAAUCCAGACAACCAGACACAACGCGGUGCUUACAAAAAGGAGGUCAUGAUGCCUGCAUGGCAGUUCUUCAGUUUGAUCCCGUGGUAUACUGAUAAUACGCCAACGAAUGACGCGCAGGUAGCGGCGCACUUUUCUGCUAAGCGGCCUAUUCUCGGAAUGUGCCUGAAACGCUAUUCUUUUCUGCCAGAUGGAAAAGCCAUCAGACUCAAUACCCAUAUUGACAUACCAACCGAGAUUGGUCUACCUCACUUCAUUCAAGACGACAACCUCAACGCAGACGCACCCAUAUAUGGCAAUUUCAAGCUUUCUUUGCAGGCUUUGGUUUGUCAUAGGGGAAAUUCUGUCGAUUCGGGACAUUACAUUGCCAUUGUUCGGGGUACCAGCCCCAACCCCACUGGCUCGCCAACCUCCACCGAAUCUUCAGAGGCCUCAAAGCACUGGAUGCGAUUCGAUGAUCUUGCCGCAGAACGCGUGACACUAGUUGACAUUGAACAAGCCUUGAAGACAGAAUCCCCCUACCUUCUGUUCUACCAAAUUCUUCCAAUUACCGAGGACCCAUCAAUGGUCAAUCUUCAAAAUGCGCCUUCUUCUCGAGCAUCAGAUGGCAGUACUCUGGGUGAUCAAAUGGACUUCCCGCCCGAGGACGCGGCCUCCGACCGACCAAGUGUUGAAGUCACAGGACCAUCCGAUACUGGCUCGCAGAUAUUUUCCAAUCCUGCCAGGCGAUCCAGCGUGGCAUUCUCAGAGAGCAGCAACCAGGGGGCAAGUCUUCAGCCACGUUCGAUCCCAUCUUCAUCGCCUAGACUUGCACCCAUGGAAGAAGAAAAUACAAAGGGGACCUCUUACUCUCGCAGAGGAUCACGCUCGGCCAAGAGUAAUCCCGGAAGUCGCGCCGGCAGCCACGCCGGUAGCCGUGCUGGUAGCCGUGCUGGCAGUCAAACUGGCGAGAACAGACUCAGUGCCACAUUGUCACGCUUUGCUGAGCGGCUGAGUCGGGAUAAGAUAGCCACCGAGGAGUUCCCCGAGGAAGAGGACACCAAUGAAUUCACGCUGGAACUCGAGGAUGCCGUAGACGAAAUGAAACUUGGUCCAGCUGCUCACGAGAACAAGGAAAGGCGUGGAAGAGGUCGAACGCGGGAGAAGUCCAAAGGUAAAUCCAAGGAAAAAUCCAAGGAGAAGACCAAGAAAUUGGAUCGGGAGUGUACAGUAAUGUGA